AUGGAAGAGAGGAACAUUAAAACUCAAGCAAAAAUAAAGCUUUACAAACAGCUCAGACAUCUUCAGAAUGACCCUCAUAAUGGUUGAGGAGCUUCACUUGCCGAUGAGGACUCUUUGUAUGAAUGGGAUGGCUACAUUUGAGGGCCUAGUGACACUCCUUAUGAAGGUGGAGUCUUUAUGCUGAGAAUGAGUUUUCCGGAAGAUUAUCCAUUUCGUCCUAUGGUAGUCAAAUUUAAGACUAAAAUUUAUCAUCCAAAUAUCAGAUCUGAUGGAUUGGUUGGGAUGAAUAUCCUAGCUGACGAAUGGACCCCUGCUUUGACCGCAGAUAAAGUGUUGCUUUCUAUUUGCUCUCUUCUAGGCGACCCUAACCCAAUGCUAUGCUUUAACCCUGAGAUUGGGAAGGAGUACCUCAAAGACAGAGAGGCUUAUGACAGGAAGGCUCGUGAAUGGACGGAUUUGUAUGCUUAG